GCUACCCUAGUCCUGGACCCAGAGGCGGAGCACAGUCUGGACAUCAUCCUAGUGGGUUCCAGCGAACUGUCAUCCCCACCAUCACCUGGGCCUCGCAGAGAUUUUAUUGCAUAUGAAGUCAAGGUCAACCAGCGAGACAUAGAAGACGUGUGUAUCUGCUGUGGAAGUCUCCAGGUGCACACACAGCACCCUCUGUUUGAGGGGGGGAUGUGUGCUCCGUGCAAGGACAAGUUCCUGGAGUGCCUCUUCCUGUAUGACGACGACGGGCACCAAUCUUGCUGUUCCAUCUGCUGUGCCGGGGAGACGCUGCUCAUCUGCGAGAAUCCCGACUGCACCCGAUGCUACUGUUUCGAGUGCGUCGACACCCUGGUUGGCCCCGGGACCUCGGGGAAGGUUCACGCCAUGAGCUACUGGGUCUGCUUCCUUUGCCUGCCCUUCCCCCGGAGUGGGCUGCUGCAGAGAAGGAGGAAGUGGCGGACGUGGCUGAAGGCCUUCUAUGACCGGGAGGCGGAGAAUCCCCUUGAGAUGUACAAAACUGUGCCUGUGUGGAAGAGAGAGCCCAUCCGGGUGCUAUCCCUUUUUGGGGACAUCAAGAAAGAGCUGACGAGUCUGGGCUUUUUGGAAGAUGGUUCUAAGCCAGGAAGAUUGAAACAUUUGGAUGACGUCACCAACGUAGUGAGGAGGGACAUAGAUGAGUGGGGCCCCUUCGACCUCGCCUAUGGCUCCACGCCCGCCCUGGGCCACACCUACGACCAUCCCCCGGGGUGGUACGUGUACCAGUUCCACCGCAUCCUGCAGUACGCGAGGCCCCUGCCUGGCAGCCCCCAGCCCUUCUUCUGGAUGUUCGUGGACAACCUGGUGCUCACGGAGGAGGACCUGGAUGUGGCCACUCGCUUCCUGGAGACUGACCCGGUGACCAUCCAGGAUGUCCGCGGCAGGACUGUCCAGAACGCCGUGCACGUGUGGAGCAACAUCCCUGCUGUGAAGAGCAGGCACUCGGCUCUGGUGUCCCAGGAGGAACUCUCCCUACUGGCUCAGUACAGGCAGCGAGUGAAGCCCCUUGCCCAGGGCCCGGCCACGCUGGUGAAGAAUUGCUUUCUCCCCCUGAGAGAGUAUUUCAAGUAUUUUUCAACAGAACUCACUUCCUCUUUAUGA